CUCUUCGAUACACAGCCUCCUCCUCCUCCGAUCACUCCGAGAGAAGGCGAAUUCCACCUGGAGAAGCCAUCGGAAUUCGAGUAAAAUUACCAUAAUACCCUUUCUUGGAUCCAUGGAUUCUCCAGAGGAGCCUUCUGAGAGGACGAGGACCAAGAGGGGAUUUCACUUGUUAUCCAUCUCCAUUUUCGCCUUCUUAUUGUCAUCACUUAUGGUGGCGUUGGUGGCGGUUUUCGUCGGGAAUUUAUCAGUUUCUUCUCCGGUUUCUGUGCCCUCCCAGUGCAAGAUAGUCUCCAGUAGUGUGGAUCUUAGGUCAUCUAAAGUUUGUGAACUUGGAUUGUUGAAUUAUAAAGCCAAGCAUGUGUUUUACCCUCUUGAAAAAAGAAAAUUUCGAUGUCAUUAUGAUUACUAUUGGGCUUCAGUAUUCAAGGUGGAAUACAAAGACUCUCUGGGUCAGACACGACUUACAUUGACAGAGGCUCCAAAUGAAGCCCUUCCUCUUGACUGCAGGCCCAACUUUGGUGCUGCAUGGUUGACGAAAGAUAAGUUCAAGGUGAAUGAAACUUAUGACUGCUGGUAUGCAUCUGGAAUUUCCAAAGUGAGCAUAUAUCAGGACAGUUUUUUUAGCUGUCAGGCAAAAGAGCCAUCUACAAUUGAGAUGAUUAAACGAUAUUCCAUCCUGUCCACAAGAAUAUUACAAUCUUGGCUUGCCAGCCAGGGGAGAGGCAAGUACUGGAGGUUGGAAACAGUAGCUGGAGUCAUUACUGGUUUUUCGACUUCCCUGAUCUCCAUCAGCUUGGUCAGAAUCCUACAUCAAGUGAAAUCUUGGUUACCUAGAAUCCUGAAGAGACAGCUUCUACUGGCUGUCAAGUCAGUCCGGUUCAGGCGAGCUUUUUUUCUUGUAACAUAUGUAAUCUUUAUGGGUUGGUUGGCUAUAGAGUAUGGUAAAAGGCUUGGAAUCGCGAAUAUCUACACAGUUUAUUACUACUAGGCAUCAGCCAUUUUGUAUACUAUGUCUCUGCUUUCCCCUUGUGGACUGGAUUCUGAGACUCUAGGGAACUUCAGUGAGAAAAUAAGUGUAACGUCCAUAUGACAAGAGUCUCAAAUUCUUGGUGGUUGCAUUUUCUAAAAUGCAACCUAUGUAGUUGAAAUCUUACUGUAUAGCCAACUAGUGAAAUACAAUUCUGGAAUUUGAUAUAUGAGAUGGGAAGGCAUUCUCAAAAAUCCGGAAA